GAUUCGUUGAAGAAGUCGGCGGCGUUCGACGUCAUCGAGGGUAUCAUGCAAAAGCGCGUGAUGGUGAUCGACGGCGCGAUGGGAACGGCGGUGCAAAAGUACAAGCUGAGCGAGGAUGACUUCCGUGGUGAUCGUUACAAGAAUCAUACGCAUGACUUGAAGGGGAACAACGACAUCUUGGUGCUGACGAAGCCGGAGGUUAUCUCUGAAAUCCACGAGGCGUAUCUCGCCGCGGGCGCCGACAUCAUCGAGACGAACACGUUCUCUUCGACGAUGAUCGCGCAGGCGGACUACGAGCUCGACAAGAAGGAAGAAGUGCGCGACAUGAACUUGGCCGCUGCUCGCUUGGCGAAGGCGGCGUGCGUGAAGUUUACGGAGCAAAAUCCGGCCAAGCCGCGCUUUGCCGCCGGCGCCAUUGGUCCGACGAACAGAACACUCUCGGUGUCUCCAUCCGUCGAGAACCCGGCGUUCCGCGCGUGUACGUUCGACGAGAUUGUUGACGCGUACUACGAGCAGAUUGAGGCACUCGUCGAGGGUGGUGUGGACUUGAUUUUGGUUGAAACGAUCUUUGACACGCUCAACGCCAAGGCGGCGAUUUUCGCCAUUGAGAAGUUCUUUGAGGCUUACGGUACGCGUCUUCCGUUGUUCAUCUCCGGCACCAUCGUCGACAACUCCGGUCGUACCUUGUCUGGCCAAACGAACGAGGCGUUCUGGAACUCCGUCAGCCACGCCAAGCCGAUGGCUGUUGGCUUGAACUGCGCUCUCGGCGCCAAGGACAUGGUCCCGUACAUUGAGAACUUGAGCAAGUGCGCCGACUGCUGGGUGUUCGCGUACCCUAACGCCGGUUUGCCGAACGCCAUGGGUGGUUACGAUCAAAAGGGUGCUGAAAUGGCCGAAGACUGCCGCGUCUUCCUCGAGAAGGGGUUGUUGAAUGGCAUCGGUGGCUGCUGCGGCACCACGGAUGACCACAUCGGCGCUCUCGCCCAGAUGGUGGCACCGUACACGCCGCGCAAGAAGCACGAUGUGCCAGAAAUUAUGCGCAUCUCCGGUCUCGAGCCGUUCAACUAUGUGCCGAACGAAAAUGACUACCGCAAGACGUUCAUCAACCUCGGUGAACGGUGCAACGUUGCGGGCUCGUCCAUCUUCAAGAAGGCCAUCGUCGAUGGUAACUUUGAGAAGGCUCUCGCCAUCGCGCUCAAGCAAGUCGAGCACGGUGCGCACGUCAUUGACAUCAACAUGGACGACGGCUUGAUCGACGGCGAAACUGCCAUGUCUCGCUUUGUGAACUUGCUCGUUUCCGAGCCGGACGCCUCCAAGGUUCCUUUCAUGAUUGACUCUUCCAAGUUCCACGUCGUCGAGGCUGGCUUGAAGUGCAGCCAAGGCAAGUGCAUCAUGAACUCUAUCUCCCUCAAGGGUGGUGAGGAAGAGUUCUUGCAUCACGCGAAGAUCGUGAAGCGUCACGGCGCCGCCGUCGUCGUGAUGGCGUUCGACGAGGAAGGGCAAGCGGCGACUGAAGCUGAGAAGGUGCGCAUUUGCUGCCGCGCUUACAAGCUCUUGGUCGAACAGCUUGGCUUCAACCCGCAAGACAUCAUCUUUGACCCGAACAUUCUUACGAUCGGCACGGGCAUGGAAGAACACAACAACUACGGCGUUGACUUCAUCAACGCUACUCGCGAGAUCAAGCGUCUCUGCCCUGGUUGCAAAAUCAGCGGAGGCGUGUCCAACUUGGCCUUCUCCUUCCGCGGCAACGAGCCCGUGCGCCGCGCGUUCCACAGCGCCUUCUUGUACCACGCCUGCAAGGCCGGUAUGGACAUGGGUAUCGUGAACGCCGCGCAAGUCGAAGAGGAUGUGUACGAGAAGAUGGACAAGGAGUUGUUGGAAUACGUCGAAGACGUGCUCUUGAACAGAUGCACCAACGCCACUGAGCGCAUGCUCGAAUUUGCGGCGACGCUUGACCCGAAGUCCACUCCUUGCAACCUUCGCAAGAAGGGUGCCGCUGGCGGUGGUGCCGUGAAGGCUGCUGGGUCGGGUAAGGAAUGGCGUAACCAGCCGUGCGAAAAGCGACUCGAAUAUGCCCUCAUCAAGGGGAUUGACGAGUUCUGCAUCGCUGACACGGAAGAGUGCCGCGUGGGCGACAAGUACAAGUCUUGCCUGGAAGUCAUCGAAGGUCCACUGAUGGACGGCAUGAAUGUGGUUGGUGAUCUCUUUGGCGCCGGUAAGAUGUUUUUGCCGCAAGUUAUUAAAUCUGCCCGUGUGAUGAAGAAGGCUGUCGGCCACCUUAUCCCUUUCAUGGAUGCGGAAAAGGCUCUCACCGGCAGCACUGAAGCCAGUACCGCCGGUACCUUUUUGAUCGCCACGGUGAAGGGUGACGUGCACGACAUCGGUAAGAACAUUGUUGCCGUCGUUUUAGGGUGCAAUAACUUCAAGGUUAUUGACAUUGGCGUGAUGUGUCCCUGUGAAAAGAUUUUAGAUGCGGUGAGAGAGAGCAAGGCUGACAUUUUGGGUCUUUCGGGCUUGAUCACACCGUCAUUGGAUGAGAUGGUGACCGUCGCAAAGGAGAUGGAAAAGGCAGGUAUGAGAAUCCCGCUUCUCAUCGGCGGUGCGACGACGUCUAAGAUGCACACUGCGGUGAAGCUGACGCCAAACUACUCCGGCGGUGUGAUUCACGUUCUCGAUGCCUCGCGUGCGGUGCCAGUGGCUCAGACCUUGUUGGACAAGAGGAAGCACGCUGACUUCAUGGACGACAUCAAUGAAACGUACGCUGAGAUGCGUGACGAAUUUUACGCUGGUUUAGAGGAUCGUAAAUACCUUACCCUCCAAAAGGCGAGAGCAACUGUGAAACCGGUGGACUUCACCGCCGCGCCGAAUGUCCCUGUCACUCCCAAGUUCUGCGGAGCCAAGGCGAUGGAGGUGUCGAUCGACGAUGUGCUUCCGUACAUUGACUGGAAUCCGUUCUUCCAGGUGUGGCAGCUGCGUGGUCGCUACCCGAACCGUGGCUACCCGAAGAUUUUCAACGAUGAAACUGUCGGCCCCGAGGCGAAGAAGCUCUUCGACGAGGCCAACGCGAUGAUCACAAAAAUCAAGCAAAACAAGAGACUUACUCUCAAGGGUAUUUAUGGUUUCUACCCGGCCAACUCCGUUGGCGAUGACAUCGUCGUUUACACAGAUGAAAGCCGGACAACGACGCACCACACUUUCUACACGCUCCGCCAGCAAGCCGAAAAAGACACCGACGAGCCGUACAUGGCGCUCAGUGACUUCAUCGCCCCGAAGGAUAGCGGUGUGAAGGAUUACCUCGGUAUGUUCGUGUGCUCUGCUGGAUUUGGUCUCGAUGAGCUUACGGCCGAGUUCAAGGCUGCGAACGACGAUUACUCCUACAUCAUGGCGGAAGCCUUGGCUGAUCGCCUCGCUGAAGCGUUCGCGGAGUUGCUCCACGAGCGCGUCCGUAAGGAUGACUGGGGUUACGCCAAGGAUGAGUCUUUCAACUGCGAAGACUUACUCAAGGUGAAAUAUCAAGGCAUUCGUCCAGCGCCGGGUUAUCCGUCCCAGCCAGAUCACACGGAAAAGGCGACAAUGUGGGACUUGAUGAAGGUCAAGGAAGAAAUUGGCGUCGAACUUACCGAGACGUUCGCCAUGCUUCCCUCGGCCUCGGUCUCUGGCUUGUACUUCGCAGGCGCGUGCUCUGAAUAUUUCAACGUCGGUAAGCUUACGUCUGACCAAGUUGAAGAAUACGCGGGCCGCAAAAAGAUGGAGCUCUCUGAAGUGCAACGCUGGUUGGGACCGAACUUGAGUUAUGAACCUUAGACACGAUCGAAGAAAUCGCGACCCUUAGACCCACCAUCGAACGAGUUGCCACGCAUUGUAAACAUUUUUCAUUUA